UUGUAUAUUUCCGACAUCCCUCGUUCUGUCAACGCCGCCGCCUGAUUACUCCAAAUUAAAAGUUAUUAAAUUGCAACAAAACGCAGGAAAGUGCGCAAUGAGUGAGCAGAAAACUAGUGGGUCGCCGCCACAGGCGAUCAAUAAGGAUUUAAGGGGCGCCAGGGAUAUGCUCGAGAAGGAAUACAACUUAAAAAAGACUUCAUGGGAUCUCUACUUCAAGGAACUGUGCGAGAUGUCCGAUAGGUCGGCCAAAGAGAAACAGUUCACCACCUCGGAGUCGGAACGGCAGCAGAACCGAGGCCUGAAUCGCUACAGGGAUGUGAAUCCCUACGAUCACUCUCGAAUUGUUCUCAAGCGGGGCACUGUGGACUACAUCAAUGCCAAUCUGGUCAAGCUGGAGCGGGCAAAUCGGCAGUAUAUUUUGACCCAGGGACCUCUGGAAGACACAGUUGGACACUUCUGGCUGAUGAUUUGGGAGCAAAAAUCCACCGCUAUUCUUAUGCUGAACAAACUAAUGGAGAAGAAGCAUGUCAAGUGCCACCUGUACUGGCCCACUGAAACGGGUGCUGAGAAGGCCCUCAAACUGCCAAAUGUCAAGCUCACAGUCGAGUUGGUGCGCUGCGAGACGUACCAGAACUUUGUGCGACGGUGGUUCAAAUUAACGGAUCUCGAGACAAAGACAAGCCGAGAGGUGAUGCAGUUCCACUACACAACAUGGCCAGACUUUGGCAUUCCCAGCUCGCCGAAUGCAUUCCUCAAGUUCUUGCAACAGGUCCGUGACUCCGGCUGCCUGAAUGCCGAGGUGGGCCCGGCCGUGGUGCACUGCAGCGCUGGGAUCGGACGAUCGGGCACCUUCUGUCUGGUGGACUGCUGCCUGGUGCUGAUCGACAAAUUCGGCCAAUGCGAUAUUGCCCAAGUAUUAUGCGAACUGCGCACCUACCGAAUGGGUCUGAUCCAGACCUCUGACCAGCUGGACUUCUCCUACCAGGCCAUCAUCGAGGGCAUCAAGAAGUUCCACGAUCCCGCCUUUCUCGACUCUGAGGAACCCAUUCUCCUUAACAACGACACCGAAUCACACACACUGGAUGAGCCACCGCCUUUGCCGCCUCGCAUUCAGUCUCUCAACCUGCCACUGGCCCCCAAAUCCGACGGCAAUUUGUCUCUAAAUGUGCGAGCCGCCCACGCCAACGGGGCUGAGGAUAUGGACGAUCUAAUCGGCGACAAGCUGAGCAGCAAGGACGCUCUGAACAAUUUCAUAAAUCAACACGAUAUGAUUCGUGACGCUGAGGUGGCUGAUAGCCUGGGUUCGUUGCCGCCGUUGCCCUCGAGACCAGCUCGGGAUGAGUCGGACAGUGAUGACGACUAUCUGCAUGAUGACGAUGACGAUGAGGACGACGACGACGACGAUGAUGAUGAUGAUGACGAUAUCGAUGAAGAGUACGAGACCAUCAACGAGCACGAUGCAGAGCCAAUUGAUUCCCAUGUGCCCACGACGGCGACAACGACACAGCCACCACAUGCCGACGAUUUGAAUGCCAACAACGAGCCAUCAUCCCCUCCAGCCGGCGAACAACACAAAAUCAAUGGUGUUGAUGUGGGACAGCUCCCAGCCAGUCCCGAGAAUGAGCUGAAGCGGAGAAAACGCACAGAAUACCAGGCCAGUCUGGAGCAGAAGGUGAACGACAUCAAAAGGAAGCAGCGGGAAAACGAGGAUAACCAGCUGGCGGCAAAGAAACGAAGGUCAUUACUCACAUAUAUUGCCGCUGGUGUUGUUGUGGGCGUGAUCUGCGCCUACGCAUACACGAAGCUAGGUUAAGUGCCCCCCCUUAUCCAAUAAGUAGUCGUAGACCAGUAGCAAUAGCUGUAUGACGUAUGUGUAGUUGCCGUAGGAAAUCAAUUCCCCAAUCUCCGUUCUCAACCUCCGGCCACCCACAUCGAUUCCCACCAAGUGCUUAAAACGCAUCGGGGCUGGCGCAUUUAAUGUGGCCACGAUUCAAAGGCAGAAGCACGGAUCGGAUUGGAUGUUGAGAUCGGAUGAUAUCGCAAUAUAGAUUGCGGAUUGAGUUAAACGAACGAUACAAGAAGAUGAAUAAAUAUUAGGGAAUUUUUUAUAAACAAAAUACAAAAAAAGGAACAAAAAAAAAAAAAUGAAGCACAAGCAAAAGAAAUAAGCAACUAAAUUAAACGAUAACCGGGUAGAAAGAAAAUCACGUCAAAAGUAGAUUUUGCGCAAUAGACUGACUUUUAGAACAAAUUUAUUUUCUACUCCCUAUAAAUGGAUUAAUAACUGACCUGGACCUGGACCUGGACCUGGACAGAGACAUAUAUAUACAUCCCAGAAACGAGAUCAUCGUUGUCCCACACACACACACACACCAAAUCUUAAAAUUCAACUUAUUCGCUCGCUAUGCAAUAAAUUUGAUUAUAAAUUGUAUUUAUCUAAUGAUUCAAAACCCCUCCUCCCCCCACACGCUUCACUCGUUGUUGUACAGCAAUUUCUUAUAGCAUACGACCUAUGUUUAUUUAUUUAUGAAGAAUUAUGAGAAACCAACACUUGUUGUAGAAGCAUGGCAGCAAAAAUAUAAAGUGCAGCAAUGUGCCAAAAAAAAAAAAUUAACUAAUCGGAGAAUUGUGUGAAAACUCUUUUUCAUGGCUCUUAAUUUAACUUGCCCCGCCCUUGCUAACUUUAAAUUGUUAUUUUUUUUAUAUAACACUUUUAUUAAAAAACAAAAACGAAGGAAAUUCUGCGCCAUUGAAGCAAUAAAAAGAAUAAUAAAUAGCACAAAAUACACCUUUACCUCGUUUAUCUUUUUAAAACGAGUUUAAAAAUCAAAACCCCAAUGUGAAAUCAAAAUAAAGUGAUUGUUUUCAAAAUUAUUCCUAUCAUAAUUGUAUUUAUUUUGAACUGAAGUAUUUAUCCUUUUAAGAUUUAGUAUGAAUAUCAUCGCUAAGCGAGGUACAGGUGUAUAAAAUGAUUGUAAAAUAUAGUUGCAUUCAUGUUGCGUUCUACAAUAAAAACUACAAACGACGAUGAGAUAAUGAGAAGUUGGAAAACUAUUCAAUGGUUAUUCCGAGUAGAGUAAGUGUGUAUCCCAUAGAACUAAUUCCCAAAAACAAAAAAACGAAAAAAAACAUAUUUAUAUAAACAUGUAGCGUAAGAGAACGCAAGAAUAAUACGAAUUAUUUUUUAUAUGGGUAAUCCACAAUUUAAAAAAAAGAAACUUUCAAGCAACCACCCACAAAACGAGGCAGCAAAAUGAGUCCGUAACGAAAAUUGAAAUCGAAAGAGUAAACGAGGAUCACUAUUAAAUAAAUACAUAUUUAUAUAAAUUAUAUUUAACAGUAAUACCAUGAACAAUACCUAUAGUAAUGCCUAGUUAACUGAACGUCGGCCUAAGUACACUCACAAAAAAACACCAUCCCUACACGGAAAACAAAUCGAACACAACACAAACCCCAAUACACGUACUAUAUAUAUUCAAAUAUAUAAUGCCUAUGAGAGAACGAAAAGAGAAGUGAGAAAGUAUUCAAAUAAAGCUAUAUAUUUAAGUCACAAUCGAA